AUGGGGAGAAUUCACAGCUUCAGACUCUCAGAAGGACUAGAGGGAGGCGAAGGCUCAUUAGUGCCUUCAUUAAUUGACACCUGUAAUGAGGAAACUUUCCGAGAGGUGAGACCGCUCAGGCCCUGCCUGGCCAGAGCUCCGGAGCGGCCCUCUCUCGAGCGCCCAGGUAACCGGGCCGGACUGGGCCCGAGGCGCCGCGGCGGCCGCGCCACCGCGCACCUUCCCGGGGCGCUAGGCCCAGAGGCGGAGGAGGGGGCCGGCCGGCCGGCGGGGCGGGGAGGCGACGAGGGCGGGCGGCAGCGGGGACGGGGCGGAGAGCAGGAGUAUGGGGGAGGGGGCCGGCGGUCCCCGGAGCGGGCGGGGGAGAGGAGGGGGGCGAGGGGAGCAGCAGAGUCACUUCACCGACCAGACGCCGCGGCCACCGCUGACGCCGCCGCCAUUUUAAUAGAGCGUUCGGGCUGCGCUCGGCUCUUUCCGCCCGAGCGAAGGAGCCGACGAGAAACGCCUCGCGCUCUCAUUCCUCCGCCUCCCUCCCUCGCUUCGCCUCCCGCCUUCCCACCUCUCCCUCUGCACACACGCCGCACGCUCCACACCCCGCCGCGGCCACCUCGCCGCCCUCCCUUUCCUCUUCCGUCUGGCCUCCCCGCCCUCGGUCCACCCCCUCGGCGCGUUCGCCCACCCCGCCCAGCCCGGAUCUCUGUCAGCGGCCGGAAGGGAAAUACGAAGCCAGCGCGGCCGCGGGGGGAGUCCGGUGAAACCACAAACAGGCUAAAAGCUAAAGUUGGUAAUACAAAAAAUAGGAAGAAGAUGCAGGUCUCAGAUGCACCUUUGAGUAGCAGUCUACCCCCCAGAAGGCUGGUGUACCAUCUUCCUUAAGCCACUCUAAGGUUUCCGUUACUUGUAGCCAAACACAUUCCUGAGACAGAUGUGCUUUUGAUAAUUACUUGUAAGUGCCUGUCAACUAUGCUUUUGAGCUCAGAGAACCCAUAACGCCUCUUGAAAGUGAAGACAACUACUACCAUAGAUGUAGAAUGCUUCUGGGUUAUAUUGAAAACCCACUCUGAAGGCUAAGGAAAUUUUUUUUACUGUUUUUUU